AAAACUGUCGGAAGUUACUGACGGUUAUCAUCAUCAUCAUCCUUUGGAAGUCUCUUUGUUUCUCUCGAUCGAUCUCGUUCUCGCUUUGAAGAUUUGAAGAAAUGGCACGUACGAAGCAAACUGCUAGGAAAUCUACUGGUGGCAAAGGUCCAAGGAAGGAACUCGCUACCAAGGCGGCGAAGAAGACAAGAAGACCGUACAACGGUGGUGUCAAGAAGGCUCACCGUUUCCGUCCCGGAACCGUCGCUCUUCGUGAGAUACGUAAGUAUCAGAAGAGUACUGACUUGCUGAUCCGCAAACUACCUUUCCAGCGUCUUGUUCGUGAAAUAUCCCAAGACUAUAAGGUGGAUCUGAGGUUCCAAAGCCAUGCCAUACUCGCACUCCAAGAGGCAGCAGAAGCAUACUUGGUGGGUUUGUUCGAGGACACGAAUCUAUGUGCAAUUCAUGCCAAAAGGGUUACCAUCAUGCCCAAAGACAUUCAAUUGGCUAGACGCAUUCGUGGCGAACGUGCUUGAAGCGUUCUUGAUGAUUCUAUGGGAUUUGUAUUUUAAAUAUCGUUUGUGUUGUUUUCGUUUGUACUUUUAUGGGGGAGGAGAUAGAAUCAUGUAUAUAGUGUGUGCGAUUCGUACUCUGAUUGAACCCGUUUGUGUGUUUUCUUUUCUUUCUCUGGUUGAAUCGUUUAGGUCUUCUCUUUUGCCUCUUGUUAGUAAAACUA